CACCCGCCCUCCAGCUCCACAGCGCGGAGGGACGCCGUGAGCCGCCGGCUCCGCCGUCGCCUCGGGCCGCGGAGGGACGUGCCAAGCCGCAAUGAAGAGCUACUUACAGUGAAAGGAAAGUAGGUCGCGCCCACUGAAAAUGCCUUUAAGGGACAAAUACUGUCAGACUGACCACCAUCAUCACGGAUGCUGUGAACCAGUUUAUAUCCUGGAACCUGGAGAUGCUCCUUUGUUACAGCAACCACUACAGACAUCCAAAUCUGGUAUUCAACAAAUAAUUGAGUGCUUUCGAUCAGGAACUAGACAACUUAAACAUAUUUUAUUAAAAGAUGUGGACACUAUUUUUGAAUGUAAAUUAUGCCGAAGUCUCUUCAGAGGAUUACCAAAUUUAAUUACCCACAAAAAAUUUUACUGCCCACCAAGUCUCCAGAUGGAUGACAACCUUCCUGAUGUAAAUGAUAAACAAAGCCAAGCCAUAAAUGAUCUCCUAGAAGCCAUAUAUCCAAGUGUGGACAAGCGAGAAUAUAUUAUUAAACUAGAACCCAUAGAAACUAAUCAGAAUGCAGUGUUUCAAUAUAUUUCAAGGACUGAUAAUCCUACUGAAGUCACGGAGUCAAGCAGUAUUCCUGAACAAACUGAAGUUCAAAUACAGGAAACUAGCACUGAACACUCUAAAACAGUUCCCGUUCCAGUUACAGAGAUGGAAACUGUAGAGCCCCCUCCUGUUGAGAUCGUUGCAGAUGAAGUUGCACCUACAUCUGAUGAACAACCUCAGGAAUCACAAGCUGACUUAGAAACUUCUGAUAAUUCUGAUUUUGGUCACCAGUUGAUAUGUUGUCUUUGUAGAAAAGAAUUUAAUUCCAGACGAGGUGUUCGUCGUCACAUUCGAAAAGUACACAAGAAAAAGAUGGAAGCUAAAAAGUACAUUGAAACACGAAAAAAUCCAAACCAAUCCUCUAAAGGACGUAGUAAGAAUAUUCUGGUUCCAUUAAGUAGGAGUUGUCCAGUAUGUUGUAAAUCAUUUGCUACAAAAGCGAAUGUAAGGAGGCACUUUGAUGAAGUUCAUAGAGGACUAAGGAGGGAUUCAAUUACUCCUGAUAUAGCAACAAAGCCUGGGCAACCUUUGUUUCUGGAUUCUGUUUCUCCUAAAAAAUCUUUUAAGACUCGAAAACAAAAGUCGUCUUCAAAGGCUGAAUACAAUUUAACUGCAUGCAAAUGCCUCCUUUGCAAGAGGAAAUAUAGUUCACAAAUAAUGCUUAAAAGACAUAUGCAAAUUGUCCACAAGAUAACUCUUUCUGCAACAAACUCUAAAAGAGAGAAAGGCCCCAAUAAUACUGCCAACAGUUCAGAAAUAAAAGUUAAAGUUGAACCAGCAGAUUCUGUAGAAUCUUCACCCCCUUCCAUUACCCAUUCUCCACAGAAUGAAUUAAAGGGAACAAAUCAUUCAAAUGAAAAAAAGAACACACCGGCAGCACAGAAAAAUAAAGUUAAACAAGACUCUGAAAGCCCUAAAUCAACCAGUCCGUCUGCUGCAGGUGGCCAGCAAAAAACCAGGAAACCAAAACUUUCAGCUGGCUUUGACUUUAAGCAACUUUACUGUAAACUUUGUAAACGUCAGUUUACUUCCAAACAGAACUUGACUAAACACAUUGAGUUGCACACAGAUGGGAAUAACAUUUAUGUUAAAUUCUACAAGUGUCCUCUUUGCACUUACGAAACUCGUCGAAAGCGUGAUGUGAUACGACAUAUAACUGUGGUUCAUAAAAAGUCAUCCCGCUAUCUUGGGAAAAUAACAGCCAGUUUGGAGAUCAGAGCUAUAAAAAAGCCCAUUGAUUUUGUUCUAAAUAAAGUGGCAAAAAGAGGCCCUUCAAGGGACGAAGCAAAACAUAGCGAUUCAAAACACGAUGGCACUUCUAACUCUCCUAGUAAAAAGUAUGAAGUAGCUGACGUUGGUAUUGAAGUAAAAGUCACAAAAAACUUUUCUCUUCACAGAUGCAAUAAAUGUGGAAAGGCAUUUGCCAAAAAGACUUAUCUUGAACAUCAUAAGAAAACUCAUAAGGCAAAUGCUUCCAAUUCACCUGAAGGAAACAAAACCAAAGGCCGAAGUACAAGAUCUAAGGCUCUUGUCUGCCUCGGGAAGCCGUCGCCCCGCAGCGCUGCCGCCCCGCGCUCGGCUGCCCCAGGGAGCCGCUGCCCUUCCGUGGCUGCGGCCGUCACCACGCGCCAGGCUGCCGCCAGCUGCCGCCCUAAGCUCCGUGGGGGUGCUGCUCGGGAGCGCCAGCUUGCCGCCCGGGGCCUACGGAAGCCCGCACCCCCAUGAGUGCCACCUCCCGGCCACCGGCGGGAUGACGCCAGCACUGUGCACAGCUCGGAGUACCUCAAGCGCUUCACCGCAACUCGCCUCUAUGCCCGCCCGCCCUCCAGACCCUCUGUCAUCAGCGGGCUCCCCGGUGUCUGCGGAUUUCACAGACCCCCUCACCCCCUGGCUUUGGUGGAACCUGGUUUACCC